CACUUUUUCGUGUUUUCGCUAAUCGCAGUAUAUCAUCGUCGUCGUCUUCGUUAUCGAUUUCAAAUCAAAACACAGAGAAGGAGAUAUAAUCAACCGAGAAAAUGUCAGGAAUCGGCCCCUUGACACAGGACUGGGAACCGGUGGUCAUAAGGAAGAAGGCUCCGACCGCCGCUGCUAAGAAGGAUGAGAAAGUCGUCAACGCUGCUCGUCGCGCUGGUGCCGAGAUCGAGACUGUUAAGAAAUCACAUGCCGGACUGAACAAGGCUGCAUCAACCAGCACUUCUUUGAACACAAGAAAGCUUGACGAAGAGACAGAGAAUCUUACUCAUGAUCGUGUCCCUACUGAAUUGAAGAAAGCCAUCAUGCAGGCUCGAAUGGACAAGAAACUGACCCAGGCUCAACUUGCUCAGUUGAUCAAUGAGAAGCCCCAAAUUAUACAAGAGUAUGAAUCUGGGAAAGCCAUUCCUAACCAACAAAUAAUAAGCAAGCUGGAGAGGGCCCUUGGUGCAAAGCUGCGAGGGAAGAAGUGAGGUAGUUUGGUGGUGGCACAGAGGAAGUAAACAGACCUUUUAUUUUCAAAGUGUCUUGAGUCUUAAAAAUAUGGCUGUUGGUGUGCAGGAACGUUUUUCUACCAUAAUGUGACUCGCAUGUAAGGAAAUGUGUCUUUGAGACUAUUGAAUGAAGUCUUUGUGGUGAAUUUUAACUCAACUUGUAAAAUGCUCUUUAAUGUUGUGGGUUUAGGCUUUUUUUUUUACCCUUUGUGGUGACUUUUAGUUGGCAGAGAAAAUGGAGCCUUGCCAAUAAAACCUCAAUGUGAAACGAGAGGUAUUGUUUUACUUCCUUUGCAGGAAGUGUUUCUUUGUCAACGAAUUAGUUUGAAAAUAGAAUUAAGGAUUUGGCAUCCCAUUUAGCCCAAAUCCUAAGCGGUGUAUACGCUAAUAAAAUUGACUGUUGCAUGAA